CUGAGCUCUACAAGUAGAUACCCCAAACCAAUUCUUGUCUUUAAUCUUUAGAGGAGGAAGCGGUUCAAGUAAAAGAAAAAAUGGAAGAUUUAGCUAGAAAGUACCAAGAACAACAGAGCGAAUUGACCGGAUAUGUUGAUUCGAUAAAAAAGCUUGAAGCACAAUUACAGGAAAACACUACCGUUUAUAAUGAAUUAGACAAGAUGGAUCCUGAAUCCAAUAUAUAUAAACAAAUUGGGCCAACUCUUGUUAAGCAAAGCCAAGAAGAGGCAAAGACGAACGUUCAAACGCGACUUGAUUUCAUCAAGAAAGAAAUUGCUCGCGUGGAAAAACAAAUCGAGAGUUCAAAGGAGGAAUUUGUCAAGAUUAAGUCUGCUAUCGUUCAAGCGCAAAAUGAAGCGGCUUCCAAAGCAAAUGCUUCUUCUUAAAACAAAAAGUAAUUAUCAUAAAUAUUAUACACAUUAUGUACCAAAUGACAUCGACUCACGGUUCUUAAUCAUGGGUCCUAUCCUUGUAUCA